AUGGACGACGUCGAGGACGCGUCGCCUCGGGGAAUCGGGCGAUCGCGAAGCUGCGAACCUCCCGGCUCCGCGACGGCGACGAACGCGACGGCGGCUAGUAUCGGUCGCGAGUCGCGCAGCUCCCUCUGGAUGGGCAUGGGCCUUCAUGGUGACAGUUGCAGCCGUCGGCGGAUGAGCAAGAGCAAGCGCGAGAGCCAGAGCAUCGAGCUCAGCUCGUUGGGUUCGUUUUUUUCUUGUUUUUUAUUCCAAAAAAAAUCUCAUGAAGUUGAAAUUAGUGUGAGCUUUGGGUUAAAAUUAGAGGUUCCGAGCGAAUUUCAUAGUUUAAAGGGGCAGUAUCUAAGAAAUUGGUGAAUGGUAAAAUUAUUUUUUUACAUUAAAAUUCUAUAAAAAUCAAAAAUUUGUGUGGAUUUUUCGGGUAAAUUUUGGGAGUUCCGAGCGAUUUUUCCUAACAUGGGGAAUCCUUUUUUCUAGUCUACUGGAAAUUUAUGUGUUUUGGGGAAAUUUUGGACUGCUACUUUCAGCGGGAAUUUCCAAUCGAGAUAGAUAUCCUCUGUAUAAACCGCGACUUUUAUUAUCUGUAAUGACGAUUUUGAUGAGUUUCAUGGUUUUCAGGAACUUUUUGAUUUGUAUAGUUGCAUAGAGUAGGAAAUUUUAAAAAUCAUUAUAAAUAAGGCAUCGAACUAGGUUUCAUGGAGCAGUUUUUUUUUGUUAUUUUUCAAAUUUUUUUUCACCAGUUUCUUAUAGCAAUUUUAUCAUAUUCUUGUUCUCCGGUUUUUUUUGAGACCGCUUCAAAAUUCUGAUGAAGAAGCCUCAUAUUAUCAAAUUUUUCAAGUUCGACAUCUUUCAUUUAUAUAAUCCCAGAGUGAUCUCUGUCCGAACAGAGAAAACCUACAACAAAAAAUUUCGAUCUUUCUCCCGUUUCUCUGUUUUGAUUGAUAUACUGUAGGUCGGAUGUUUCUCUAUGAUUUCUUCGGAAUGAUAUAAUUUUCUUGUGGGAAGGUGAUCGGUGAUGUUUCUCUGUAAUUGCCUUAUAAUUGAUUGUUUUGAUGAUAGAAGCAGAGAAGGUGAGUAAGGCUCAAUUAUUGGAUAAUUAUCGAGGAAACAUUUUCUCAGGAAGGUUUUUUUUUCGAGAUUUGUUCUGUUUCCAGUGAUCAUUCUCUUGUUGUAAUUUUAAAAUAGGUGAAAUAAAAGUUGAGAAAUUUUCAUCUUUCAGCUUUUUUGUUCUUGGAAAAUACGCUCCAUUGAUAAUAUUUCUUCAUUCUGUUGAAGAUCGAGCUAUUUCUCAGAGUUUCAUGGUUCAAAACGCUGUGUGCAAAGUAAUUUUGCCCAUUUUCCCAAGUUUUACGAAUGCAUUAAACGAGGAAAAAAAAGUUGGAGACGAGGCGGAAAGCCGUAGGCGAGACGGACAGAAAAAAAGAAGAAGAAGCACAAAAAGCAUUGGCGUAGGUAGUUCGAUUUGUCCCCGAGGGCUUUUCACGAAAACGCAGCUUUUCCCACAAACAUUAACAUAUAAAAUAAACAGAAAAAAAAAGAAAAGUUUUCAUUUUCUUAAUAAUGUUUCGAACCAGCUUUCAAUGAUUUUCAUGCGUUUUUUAAGAAAGCUUAGAGUUCGGUAUCUUAUUUUUAAGGAAGCUUAUAGUUCGGUAUCGCAAAACAGAGGUUUCUGAGCACUUCUAGUGAUCGCUUAAGAGUGCAGACUCCGCUACAGAGAUCACUAGAAUCGCUCCAAAAAGUCCGGCGCAAGUCCGAUUAUUUUUUUUUUAAGAAAGCAGAUUUUUUCAUAAAAGCGCGCUCCAUUGCUAAUUGAAUCUAGAUCGCUUCGGGUAGAGUAUGCAGAACAGUGAACAGUUAUAGUUCUUUAUACUCUAUUCACUAUUGAGAAGUCCCAAACUUGCCUUAUUCCCUCUUUUUUCCAGUUAUAUCCAAAAUUCGUUAAUCUCUGCUCCGUUUGGUAAGUGUAUAAGAUGUCGAAAAAAAGAGAAAAAACGGAACGGAGGCGGCGAAUAGAGCGUAAACAAUUAGCUGCUCUGUUCAGUAGUAGUUGUUGUCAAGGAAAUCCCCUGAAAAAAAGGAACAAGGAAAAAGAAAACUCGAAGGGGACGACUGAAACUCCAAAGUUCAAACGCUUGAAACAUCGUUUUUUUUUAGGGGAGUAAAGUUCAUUUUCACCUUUUUUCUGGAAAAAAUUGUAAAUCAAUGUUUGAGUGAUUUCUGUAGUUAUAAGUUAGUCAGAACCAGCUGAUUCACCUUUUUUUUCCUUUUCGGAGGCUGACUUUGAUAAGAACCGAUAGUUGACACUCUUGGAGUGUGGAGACUCAAAAAUUGCUUUAAAAAUCGAGUUGAACUCUUAGUGUACUUCAAUUUUAGUGAUGGAGCGAACUUGAAAUAAGUUUUAGAGCAUUCACUUUCAAAUUUGGAAGUUUUUGGUCCAUUUUAAUCUUUAUAAAUCAAAUAAACCAUAAUAUAAAUUAUAUUUGUCGGUGGAGCGCGUUCGGUUAUUUCCGAGGAAAUCACCUUUUACUUAUCAGAGGAAACUUUUUCGACAGAUAGUUAUUUUUAGACCACUACUGAAGAAUUAUACAGAUGAAGAUUUUGAAGAAUUAAUUUUUCUGUCUCUUAUCGGGAAAAUGUGCCUAGAAGAAUGCAGCAAAAUUAUCAGGAAACAAGAGGAUUGAAAAAAAAAAAUUAGCGACGGUUCUUGGUGGUUACAGUUUGAAAAUAAUAAAAUUAAAUGGAAGCGAAAUAUGGGUUUUUGAAUUAAAGGGUUAAUUAAUUCUUUUUUUCAAGGUUCACCUAUCAAAAAUUAUCAUACCUACCGUAGUAACUUGCUGCAGUCGCGACGCGCUUUUUAGCGGGAAAUGAUGAUUCAAAUGCGAAUUUUUUCUUUCCUUUUUUUUUGACUGUUUUUUGACCUUCCUUUGAUUUUAAUGAUAUUCAAAUUCAAUUAAAUGAAAAAUGUAUAGCUUGAUUUCUUCCAACCUUGAUUUUGAAUUUAAGGUUCCAAAAGCCGCAAACAUAUUUUCUUUCAAUGUUGAACAAAAAGAAAAAAGUCAAACUUUACGAAAAAGAAAGAAGAAAGCGACAUAAACCAUAGAACAAGGGGAUCAAAGAGUUAAGAAAGCAAUAACGUCCAAAAAAUUUCCAAUGACGCCGAGAAGCUGACAGCCGGUGUGGUGUUAAUGAUAACGGCUUAUCGAAGCGCCUAGCGUGAUAAUUUAUUCGGUAAUUCUGGGCCUUCACAGCGACCGUCGCGUUUGCUCUCCUAAGUUCAUUUACAUCAUUCCCUGCAAAACUGUCGAAAAUCCGAAACCAUACUGAACCGCCAUGUCCGGCGACCAGCAGCACUGUGCCAAGUGCGAAAAGUUCCAGCAACGGCUCAGCACGGCCGAUGAGUACCUUUUCCGUUCGUUUUAUUUUUAGUUUUGGACCCUGAGAAGGACUUUUGAAAGCUGCCUUCAAGAAAGUUUCCAAGGAAAAGUUUUUUGAUUUUUUUUUUUUUUGGGAUUGAGCACUUUUCAUGGCUGAUUGGUAGAUUUAUAGUCGGUUUUUCGAAAGGCUAGAAAUUUUUCAAACUAAUUUUGCAGAGAAUCAAAAAAAGAAGUUUUUCAAAUUAUUUGUUUCAAAAAGUGUGAAAUUCAUGAGAAAGUUCUAAACGGUUCAAUGGUGUUAGUAAAGUUAUAAAUCUGAAGUAGCAUGUGUGAAUAAAUUUAUGGAAAUUUUUUUCGACCACCAGAUUUUUUUAUUUAGUUUGUGUCAAUUUGGAAUCUGAUGCGUUCAAAAGAUUCGGAAAUGAAAAAAAUAGAAGUCUGAUGGAAGCAGAAUUUCUGAAACCCCAGUUUUUUCAAAUAAUCGUAAAUUUUUUUUUAAAAAAAUAAUCAAGAUUCAUCUUGGUUUUGAAAUGCUUUCUUAAGGCUCUUUUUUUAUCAUUUUUUUAGAUUGAAACUCGCUUGAAAAUGAGAAAGUUUAAUAGGUUCGUCUUUUUCGACUCAAAUUUCAUUGCUCCUAAUGGAACCGCUUUGAAAUUGAGAAGAAGAAUGUGAUUUCAGAUAAUUUUAUUCAGGUUUGCUAGUUUCAAACAGAAAAAGACGUGUAUCGAGGGGAAAAAAAUGAUUCUUAUGUAAAAAAUAAACAAAAAAAUAAAUAAAAUUUUUCCUAAAAAAAUUCCAAAAAGCGGUUACAAGGUUUUUUUCGGAAUCUAAAUGUGGGUUGGUUUGAGAGAAGUAAAUUAAAAAAAUUUAAGAGCUUAAUAUUUUGAUAAUAAUUAUUCUCAAUCAAGUUUUUGCAGCUCCCGGAACGCGUGUGAUGUUCCUUCUGAAGGAGAAGGAUGACACGCCGGCGUUGUUCACCGAGAUGGGCGAGUUGGGCGCCGACGAGUGGCGAGAGACCGCCCGUUGGGUCAAGUUCGAGGAAGACGUAGAACAAGGCUCGUUUCCAUUUCAUUUUCGAUUUUCCCGUCUGACAUCUUCUUAUUCAAUGAAUAGAUUGAUUGGAAGUUUUUUCGCUCUCUAUGCAUCUUUUGAACCUGAUCCAUUUCAAACUCAUUUCUUGAGAGUAAUACUUCGAAGAAUUUGAGUUUUUUUCAAAUAGAUUUAUUUCAUUCAAAAAGAAGUCAUAAACAAAUUGGAAGAUAAGAGAUGGCACAGAAAAACUACAUUUUUUCUGUGUUUCGAACCAAUAUUCCGAGCUUUUCAGAACUCAUCCAACUCGUCAUAGUUUGGAAAAUGACUGAUUGGAAGUGAAGUUAGACGAUUUUUUGCUUUUCCAGGCGGAAACCGAUGGUCGAAGCCGCACGUCGCCACGCUCUCCCUCCACUCGCUGUUCCAACUUCGAAGCUGCAUCAUGAAUGGACUUUUCAUGAACGACCUCGAUCAGGCCGACUUGCCCUCCAUAUGCGGUAUCUCUUUCUCCAUUCCGCGUAGUUGAGGAUUAUAAAAAGGUUCUUUCCCAAGUUUUUAAUUGUGAUAUUAUGUCUGAGAAGCUGUUAAUCGCUGUUAAAAUAAGGAACUUUUCGGUAGAUUUCCAUCAAGGUGCCAUUUUUCCGAAGAAAGUUUGGUUGGAGAAUAAUAAUUUUGCUUGUGAAAUUUCAUCGGGAGAAGCUCGAAUGUCUGUUUCCCAAAAGAGUGUGACUUUUUCAGGAAAAAGUUCGAUAGAAAAUUGUAAAAGGCCGUUCGGAAGUGUGUCCUUUAGUUAUUUUGCUUUUUGAUUUUUCAAAAUCAAAACGUGACAUUUUUCAUAAAAUCAUGGUCUCUGUUGAUAAGAUUAUUUUGAAGGAACUAGAUUGAUUAAUUUUUUGGAAGCUUUUCUGCGGAAGUUUGCUCUGUGGAUAAUGUGAACUUCACACUGAAUUAAUAAAACCGAAUAGUUUCAGCCACAAAUUAGCAGUUGUGUUUUGAAACUUGAAGAUUAGGCUUUUUCUUCAAUUUUGAUUUUUUUAAGGUUCAGUUCUUCAUAAUUUUUUUAUGGAAUGUCUACUGAAAAAGUUUAUUGAUCGAGUUAAUAAUAGAUUCAAGUUUCCAGACUUUUCCCUCUUUUCCGUGUGUUUUCAGACAGGAAAAGUGCCCGCAAACACUUGAGGACUAUUUGUUUUACUAUGAUGACAAGAGAGUAAGAACUGACCCUGGAAUUACUUAUUUUUGAGUAGGAAAUUUUUUUCAAAAAGGAGAAAAAUGGAUUUUUUUUUUUUGUUCGAAAUUUCGCGUGUUUUCCGUUUCCAAGCUCCAAAUUGGCGUAGAAAAUGAUGUUUGUUGUGAAAAUGAAGUCAGAAAAUAGAUGAAAGAGAGAGAUAUUUGCGGAUGGCACGUUUCUUUUCUUUUGUCUCAUUGAACUGAGUGGCCGCGACACGUCAAAAAGUCAACUGGAUCUGUGAACCUUUGAAAAAAAAAUUUUGUUGGGAUCUAAGUUCAAAUGGUAGAAGAUAUAUUGGAUGUGGAAAUGAGGUUUUUUUAAAGUUUAUUUUCGAAAAAAAAAAAAGCUUUCUUGGGGUUUUGGCUUUACAUUUUAUGGAAAUUUCAGAAAACUGAUGAUUUUUUGAAGACUAGCAGAGAUAUGGAUUCUUCAAAUAGGUUUCCAUGAGUUUUGAAAGAACUUGAACAACCAUCUUCAUAAAAAAAAGAUGAACAAAUCGCUUCAGAUGCCAUUAUUGCCUCGUUGAUCAAAAGAGGAGACCUUCCGUCGGAACACGAGAGAGAACUUCGGGAAAUCUUGAAUCGCAAGCACGUUCAUCAGUAUGAACAGGUAUGCAUUCGUAGUACUUUUUUGUGCAUUUUAUCGAGUUUUUUCGAACUAAUGAGGAAAUAGCCGCGGAAAAGUGUCGAGAUAUUUGAAGUGCGCUCCAUGGCUAAAAUUAUGGUCUUGCUGUUCCAAUCUAAUUUUUCGAAUUUUUAUUCUGAACUAUAUACUCCGUUUAUCGCGACUUGAAACAGCUAACUUUCUCUGCGUCUUCCUCGUCUCUCGGCGACCCUCUCAUGCUGCCAUACUAUUUUCACGUUUCUCUGAACUCAUCGGCGAGAGAAUAAGAGACGCAGACAUUAAAAAACUUCAAGUCGCGGCGAAUGGACUAUAGUCUGGAUAGAUAAAAAAUAAUUGGAACUUAAGUUUCCGAGUCCAUUCCUCCAUAGAGUUCGCUCUCACCGACGUUUCCGUGGGUGUUUUUUCUCCACUAAAAGUGAUUUUACAAACUCUAGCUGUCUGCGCUCUUUUUAUCUCUAGUUAGUCCUUUCGUUUUCAUUUUUAGAGAAACAAGAGAGCGUAGACAAAUUCCAAUAGAAGUUUUUUUUUUCUUUUAAAACCCUUGGUUUCUUAAAAUUCUUUCUGAAUGACCGAGUGACUCCAGAGUAAGAAAUCACUUAUUGAAGCAGAAAAAAAUGUCCCAUUUUUUUUUUUUUUUAUAGCCGACUUUUUGGAUCUUGAUCGAUUGUUUCGGAAAAAGACACCCGGUCAGUCAAAUAUUAUGAGUGUUUUCUAUGCAUUCACUAACUUUUUGAUUGUCUUUUUGACAUUUUUUUGAUGUGAAGAUGGGAUGAGUGAUGAAAUGUUAAUUUCGCAUUAGGAAAAAAGCUUCCUGGAUUUUCCGGCUUUUUUAAACCACUGGUAUUCAAUAAGAGUGGAAAAAAAAGUUGAAGACUUUUGAAAUUGCGGCUUUUUACAAGAAUUUUCUGGUCAUGAUGAGUUUAAUUUUCACAUAUUUUUGCUUUAUGUACAUUGAAUCGAGUUGAAAAAUCUGACAGCAUUGAAAAAUUUCUUUUUUUUCCAUUUUCUUCACUUGGAAACUUUUGAGGAGGAUUUCCGUUUCAUGUAGUAUUUUUGGAGUUGCCAGCCAAGAGUAGACUUCAUUCCAAUUGACCAGUAUUUUAAAAGUUGCGUCAUCAACCUCACUGAUAACUACAAAAUUGAAAAUAAUCCGAAAAUCCAACAAAUUGGAAGGAGAAGACGACGAAAAGUUGUCACGUUGUGACGUCACGAGCUCGAAAGAGCAUUUUCGCCCAAGCUGAUCUUUGACUUUUUCGCGUCUGCUUCGUUCUGACCUUCCUUUUUCCCAAGGGGUAAUCAAGCGAGGAGCAUGUUUCAUUGGAUUUUUGGUCUGAUAAGAGCAAUUCGUAACCGAAAAAUGGUUUAGAAAGUACUCGGAAAAAAAUAAUAAAGCUGUAAAACUUGGGCUUGACUGAAGUGGCUGAAGAAUUUUUUUUAUGGAUUGGAAGACUAAAUUCUACUGUAGAUUUUCAUGUUCGAAACAGUUUUUCACACGGAAAAAUGAGAGAAAAGGCGAAAUUUUGUCUACGAUUAAAGCUGCAAUUUUCACGUUCUCCUUUGGUUUUUUCUAAGAAAGCAGGAGAAGGCCUAAUUUUCGUGGUAGUUUGGGAUCUGGAAAAAUUCAAAGCUGCGUAUUUAUAAAAUUCCCAAUUUCGUACUCAGUUUUUUUUUAGGAAAGUGAAUAAAAAUUAUUUUUUUGAGCCCAUUCUGUGAAAAAAACUAGUGGCCACUCAAGAGGUUCCCCUACUUGGAGAGGACACUAAAGUGGCCACUAAAACCACCUCUAUAGGACCCAUUAUUUUGCUACUUAGUGGCAGCUGUAGCAUUUUUAUUGGUCUAGUAGUCACACUCCUAAAUCUAGGGUCACUCUCUUUUAGCCACUUGAAGGACCACUAUAUCAACGACUAUAGUGGCUACUGAAACGUCAAAACCCUAAAGUGACCACUGAAAGUUUUUCAGGUUUUCCAAGUUUUCUAGACUCAGUGUGAGAGUUGUACUGAACUGAAUGUCAGAGGAAGAGAAAGAUCAUCCGCUUGGAGAGACGCCAGAAAUUGCUCGCAUAUCUGGCGUCUCCUCAGGCCGACGUUUACCUCUCACCCUUUUUUCACUGUUUCCAUCAUUUUUGCUAUACCUAUUUUUCUUCAGGCGAAGAAGAACGGCUCAGGAGGAGAAAAGGGCGGAUUCCUGAGCACGGUCAGAUCGAUUUCCGACAUCGGCAAGUCGUUCUCCCAUGGCAAGAACCUCGGCAAGAUUGAGGAACGGCCGGAAAUCGCCGCCGGUGGAGCUACCGGAUCCGCCAACCGACUCGAUUUGCCCAAGGUUUGGAAGAAAAUAAUGAAAGAAAGAAGAAGGAUUAGGUGACUAAGAAAGUUUGGCGAUUCAGUAGAGCUUUCGUUCGUGAUCCCCUUGAAUAUUUAUGACGUAAACGUUCAUUUUUUCUCAAGUUUAAGUCUCCCGGCCUAAUUUCACAUUCAUUUAAAAGAUCUAGAACUCAUCUUCAAAAAAAUUUAAUGAAAACCCAAAAAGGUACCUUUUUCAAGGUCGAGUCGAUGCCCAAGGACAUGCAAAGCCAGGACGAAGGCUCCAAGGGAAACUUGCAUUUUUUGAAAAAGUUACCCCGUGGCGUCGAAGCCAGCAACGUCCUCAUUGGCGAGGUUUCAUCAAACUCUCGAAAAAAUCGAACAAAAAUGGAUUUCAGGUCGAUUUCUUGACCCACCACAUUUGCGCCUUCGUUCGCCUGAAGAAUGCCCACCAGCUGGGCGAUCUUACAGAGGUUUUUUUUUCUGGUUUUCUUUAAGACGCAAACGUUUUUUCCUUCAGGUACCCGUCCCAUCGCGCUUCAUUUUCCUGCUCCUCGGACCGACUGGCCACGGAGCUCAGUACAGGGAAAUCGGAAGAGCCAUAGCCACUCUGAUGGCUGAUGAGGUGAGAGAAGUAUAGUUUUUGGAUCGAGGUUGAGAAGAAGAUGGUCAGAAAAUUCCAGUUAUAUAGGGAAUAUUCAUUUCACUCGGAUACUUAGAACCUGCGAUUUAAACACAGUGAUGGGCAUAAUUGAUGCACGGACUAAAAAAUUGCAAGUUUGAGAUUUUUCGGUUCGAGAAAAUUGAUUAGCCGAAAAAUUUAAUCUGAACGAAAAAGGAAAUUCACUCGUGAUUUAAAGAAUGGUAAGAAUAACUUUCCGGGAUAAAUAAUUAUAUUCAGUAUUUCCAUUAUAAAUAGACUUUUUGAAAUAAAUGAAAUCUCUCCUGUAUAUUUCAUCUGGGAAAUGAUACGUUCCAAUCGAUUAUAAUGAUAAGUUGCUUUUUUAAAGGCAUGCUCAAUGAGUUAUUUUCGAUAAGUUUAUGAAAAAGGGUUGAAAAAAGAAUUUCGGAAGCUAAAUGAGGUGUCAACAAAAUUGAUCAGAUUACUUGAUAGUUUUUUUCUUCGUAGAUUUUCCACGAUGUCGCCUAUGGAGCCCGCGAUACCGCGGAUCUGCUCGAUGGAAUCGACGAGUUCCUGGACCAAGUGACGGUUUUGCCGCCCGGCGAAUGGGAUCCGACCAUUCGUAUCGAACCUCCCAACAAGCUACCUUCCCAGGAAAAGAGGAAACAAGUGAGAAUUCAGAGCUUUUUGGUCUAAUUCCUUAAAAAAAAAGAUGCUUUUGAGCCGGAAAAAAAGGAUUUGAAUUCACUCUAAUAGAUUUCUAGAAGCAGUUUUUACAUUAAUGCUCAGAAAUGGCCUGAAAAUUAUUUAUGAACUUUUGACCGAAAAAAGUUUAUUCUUCCUUUUAAAAAAAGAUUGGACAGACUGAUGUUGUCAAUUUUGACCGGUUUUUUGGCCCCUCGGCAUUUUUUGAAAACAGAAUCUGAAUCAGCUCAUUACUUCUAGUGAAGUUGAAAAAUAGAAUUUGAUUUUCUACAGAACUUUUAUCUCGGCCACGACACCCUUUUCAGAUAGGAAAGGAGUUCCUUAUCGAGUCGCCGCCGAAAAAAGACAAGCUGAUGGAGGAGGAAGAAGAUCACGGCCACGCCAAUGAUCCGGCUCUCAUGAGAACUGGACGGCUUUUCGGUGGCCUCAUAUGGGACAUCAAGAGAAAGGUGAGUCUAGAAAGACCAAAAUCAAUUACAAAAAGGAGGGUGUAACCCGCAGUGAGCCCCCAAAAUAAUUGAUCAGGUGAACCCCGCAAUAGACUUGAAUAGCGUGCCCCCUGGGGCAACCUGUCGAGAAAUAAGUUUUCUUUGGGCUAGGGGGAUGAAACGGUAGACAGUUGAAAUGAGCCGUUGUGAAAUCGCGUACGGAACAAUUGCCUCAAUAAGGCUUUUGAAGUGAAUCGGGAAGCACCGCCACUUUUGUUAGAGGUCUGAAAACGAGCUAAAAUAAACUUUCUUGAGCGGAGGGUCACUUUGGAGAUUCAAAAACUAAUAUUUGGCCUGAUCCCAAGAUUUUCUUAGGCUUCAUCAAAAUGAAAAGAAAAUUAUAUUUUUUUAGUGGUGCAAGGUAGAAAAUCAGUGAAAAGAACAGAUAUUCACGUGUCUGUAUUGAUUCGGUAACUGAUCUGAAAUAAAUACAGAAUAAGAAAUUUUUAAAUUUAUUUUUCUAACUUGAAAUGACUUCCCAUCUUCAAUGGAAAUGAAACGGAUCUAGAAAAAAAGCCAGAAAACUACUUGAAUGACCACUUUUAAACAAUUACUUCAACGAAAAUUCAAAAAAUGAUCAUUUUCCAGCUUCCCCACUACGUGUCGGACUUCACGGACGCGCUGAACAUGCAAUGCUUAGCGACGGUUUGCUUCAUGUUAGCUUUUGCGCUCUGAAGAUUGAGGAAUAAUAUGGAACAUUUGGGUAAAGGUACUUUGGUCUCCUGGCGCCGAUCGUCACCUUCGGAGGACUUUUGGAAGAGGCGACUCAUCAGCGGAUGGCUGCCAUGGAAAACCUUUUCGGAGGUUUAGUCAGAUGGAAAAAUGUUCAGUGAUCCCUAUAGGUACCAAUAAUUGAACAGAGGCUUAAAGGACUCUUAGGAACCUUGUCAGUAACAACAUUCGAACUUUAUCAUGAUUUAAUGGAACUUUUUCGGAAGUUUUGUGCUACAGGACAAUUUUCAGUGGUUCUUAUAGGACGCAAGAGCUCACUAGAGAGUUAGUGGCCCUUUAAGAAGUUUGCCAGCAAGAAAUUUUGAAUAUUAUCAGAAGUUGUUGGAAAAUGAGAUUUUGAAAAUCAAAAAGCAAACUCUCAAAAAAGUCACAGACCAAGUCUUUUUUCGGCGUUUUUUGAUUCAGAGUCUCUAUAAUAUAUACCUCCCGAAAAAAAUUCGCAAAAUGAACAAAGUUAUAUUACUUUUUAAGACCUAAUUUUUAUUUUUCGAAAUUAUUUCUCUAUUUGUUUUUCUACAACUUUUUUUAGGGAUUUUUGAGACUCUUAGGGACCGCUCAGGGGCUUUUAGCCUUCGCUUAAGAGGUAAAGCUGAGAAUUCAAAACUGAAAGAUCCAGGCGAACUUUUGGGCUUUUUUAUGAAUAGUCGACGAAACCGAAGGAAUGGUCCCUUUGAAGGUUCCCUUUGCGGCGUGUUCUAUCACUUGUUCUCCGGCCAACCUCUGACAAUCGUCGGCUCAACCGGACCCGUUCUGGUCUUCGAGACGAUCGUCUACGAUUUCUGCCACCGAUUCGGAAUCAAGUACCUCAGUUUUCGGUUUUGGGUGAGUUUUUUUUUUAAUUUUUUCAAAUGAGUCAAAAGUUUGUUUUUCAAAUAGAAUUGAACAAAAUUCAGGUUCACGUUUGGACGGCGCUGAUCUUGUUCAUCAUGGUCGUGACGGACGCCAGCUCUUUGGUAAUUUUAUUUUUGGAGAAAAAAAAAAUUAAAAUGUUCAAUUUAAUGCCGUGUUCAAAGUAAUUUCGCGAAAUGCAAAAUAGCCGCCAGAGAAAGAAAAAUAUAACUAAAUUUCAGAGAGUCAGAGAUCAUUUUGCAUUUCGCGAAAUUACUUUGAACACGGCAUAAGUUUGAUUUUUCUUAGAAAGUUACUCAUACACUCAAAAAGCGGGCAGUGUUCACUUAAGUGAGAACUGAAGAAGCGAUAUUACCCCUUGAGUGAGCACUAAAUGGCUCGAAUCUGUCUGCAGGCUUCCAGGACACCGGCUAUUUGAAAGAACGGAAACUUAAAAAAAACUCCUUCUUUUCAUUUUUUUUUUUUUUUGAAAUAACUGUUUGAAUUCCAAUCACCCUUUGGGAAAUCAUUUUUUGAGAUCCUCCCCAUUUUUCUGAAUUUCUAUAGAACGAUAGGGCUAAAUGCAUUUCACAAAAGUCGACUCCAGGUCUCCUACAUCACCCGCUUCACCGAAGAAUCUUUCGCCACCCUCAUUGCCGUCAUUUUCAUUUAUGAGGCGAUCAUGAAGCUUGUCAAGAUCAAGGGUACCUUCAUCCGAAGUCUUUCCCCUAAAAACUUCUAUUUUUAGGCCAAUUGGACGUGAUUAAUUAUUCUCGCGACGUUGUCGACGGCACCUGCUUCUGUAUCCCCACCACUGGAAAAGGUUCUCGGAAAAUCAUUGAUUUUGUUCCGAACCACAUGUUCAGCACCGGUUUCGCACGAACGGGCUGUCGACUACAUCACCAGAAAUUCUCUGAAUAUCCCAUUCAAUGACACUUUCAUCGAUUACUCCAAGGUUUCCUUUUCCAUUGGUUUUGAUGGUUCCGAGAAAAAUGGCCUUCAACUGGGCUUUCGCUUCAAAGACAGAAUCAUCUUGGUCAAAGUUUCAAAAGUUUUUUUGUUUUGGAAAGUAUCCCGUGAAUAGAUAAAGCACCAUAAUUUUUUUUAAGGUAUUGGGAGAAACUCCUUUCAGAACAAGUUUUAGGAACCUCAUAGCCUUUACAUUUAAAAAAAAAGUUCAGGAUUCGGGGAUCUCAGAUUAGAUCAGAAAAUAUUUCAAAAAAUUAAAAUUAAUGUAUGAGUUUCGAUUUUUCAAACAAAAAAGAACCGUUUUGAGGAACCAAGUUUUUCUUCAGGCCGCCCUUCCCGACUGCCGGGCCGUCGGCGGUAGCUUCGGCGGCGACGCUUGCUUCCCGAUGUACGACAAGCUGCUGAUGUCCAUCUUGCUGACGAUCGGAACGUUCUUCCUGGCGACGACCCUGAAGAAAAUGCGCAGCUCGUGCUACUUCCCCUCCUACGUCCGGCAGCUCCUCUCCGACUUUGCCGUCAUGCUCGCCAUCAUCAGCAUGACCUGCGUCGAUUUGGCCGUCGGCGUCAACACGCCCAAGCUCAACGUCCCGAGCACUUUCAGGGUAUCUCAGAAAAAAAAGUAUAGACGUGUCCAGAUAGCCCAUAAUUAGCUGCCGCGUUCAAAGUGUUUUCGGCGAGACAAUGCAAAAGAUAACACGUAUUUUGGAGAAUCAGAGAAUUUCACGAACUCACUUCGAAGGCGGCAUCUCGGACCUUAGUAACGGACGCGCCCCGGGCGUUUCUGAACUUCCGUAGUAGGCACUUAAGAAGGCUGAAGCCUCUAAAGGGAUUACUAGAAAUGCUCAAAAACAUGCACAGCGUCAAAACUGGUGUCUAUUUCCAAAGUUUCGCCUGAAAGUUGUAUAUGAUCAUGAUGAAUUGACUUGCAGCCGACCUGGGAAGGCCGUGGCUGGGUCAUACCGCCCUUCGACGGCAACGCCUGGUGGACCGCCCCCUUGGCCAUUCUUCCGGCUCUUUUGGCCUGUAUCCUCAUUUUCAUGGACCAACAGAUCACCACCGUCAUCGUGAAUCGCAAAGAGAACAAGUUGAAAAAGGUUCAGAGACGAGAAGAACUGCGUCAUAAUUAUUGAAGCAUGAGAAAAAUUCGUCAAAUUUGAAACUAAAGCGCUGUCAAUGUUAAUCAUUUUGGAAAAACGAGAAAAAAAUUUUUUAAAGCGCGUCAUAAUUAUUGAAAAAUUGACAGAGGUCAAUACUUUCAAAAUAUUUCUAUUCCCAAUCCCCUCGAAAAUUCCAUUUUUCCAGGGCUGCGGAUACCACUUGGAUUUGCUCGUCUUGUCCAUCACCAUAAUUCUCGUCGGAUUCCUCGGAUUGCCGAUCUACGUCGCCGCCACCGUCUUGUCCAUCAACCACAUCAAUUCCUUGAAGGUCAGAAAUCGGCUUCAAAUCGGGGAAGAAAAUCUUAUUGGAGCAACUUUUCUCAUCGAGCUUUUCCUUUAGAAAAGAAAGUAGAAUGCGAAAGUGAGCUGCCGAAAAAAUUUAUUGUUUCUUAUCAAACUAGAAACUUCAGAAAGAUAUAACCAUUUUUUAGUUUCAAAUAAACAACGUGGGAUUUCAGGUGGAAAGCGAGUGCAAGGCGCCCGGUGAAGUUGCCCAGUUUGUCGGAGUUCGGUGAGCUUUAAUAUGAAAUGAUGAAAAGCUUCUCAGGCGUUUGUUUACCUCCGAGCUACAGAAUCAUUCUUUUCGAGACACGCGGCCUUUCUCUGCGCAUGCGCCUUUAAUUUAGUCUAAUUAUUCUCGUCACGCGCAUACAUAGAAGCAGACGAUGCACAUGAUUUUGAUGAAGCAUUUGUUUGGAAUAAACGAAAAGCAACCAAAUCAACGCGCAAGCUACAGAAUGAAAUGAAACAAUUCAGUGAACAACGUGUGACCGGAAUCGUCACUUUCCUACUCAUUGGUCUCUCCGUUUUGGCCACAAAUGUAAUGUCAUCAUUUUAUGAAGUUUUUCUAUUGAGAUCGUAAUAUUUUGAAGGUCCUUGGCCAUAUCCCAAUGCCCGUUCUUUACGGCGUCUUCUUGUACAUGGGUAUCUCGGCUCUCGGCGGAAUUCAACUCUGGGACCGAAUUCUGCUUCUUUUCAUGCCCAUGAAGUAAGUUUUGAGGAAGAAGAACAUAAGAAAAAUGUAAAAAACAGGAUAAAAGUGAUUUAAUGUAAGAAAAUUGAUUGGAAACUGAGCCUGGAGCUUCAAUUUUAGCUGAUUGAAAAAAUUUUCAAAUUCUUGUUUUUCUUCUAAAUUUGAAACGGAAGGAACAAGCUGACUAACUUCAAAAAAUGACUUCGAAUUUGAAAAAUAGAGUUUGACUCAGUAAUUUCGUGCCGUCAUUUUUUUUAAAUAAUAAGAUUUGGAAGAAUUUUUUUCUUUGAGAAAAUAGAGGAAAUAGAAAAAGAGAUAUUUUCGAAUGGCUUUUUUUUUAGAAACUACCCUCGUAUAAUUUCAAAGUUUAGCUCUCGAAAAUUACCACAAAGCUACUUGAAAAGGAAUAAAGUGAGAAUAAUUUCUCAAUAUCCAGGUAUCAACCGGACACGAUUUACAUCCGUCACGUUCCCAUCAAGAAAAUUCACCUUUUCACUGCUUUCCAGGUAAUUUCAUACAAUUUUCUCCUUAUUUCUUGCAUUUUCUUCAGGUCGGUUGCUUGGCUCUUCUUUGGGGAAUCAAAUCAGUCAAAUCGACGUCGAUCCUUUUCCCGAUUAUGGUUUAUUUUGUCGAUUUAUCGAGAAUUCAUCGAUUUCCCUCAGCUCGUCGUGAUGGUCGCCAUCCGCAAGGCGAUGGAGAAGUUCUUCACUUCGUCGGAUCUGAAGUAUUUAGACGAUCCGAUGCCCGACUUCCACUUGAGAAAGAAGGAGGACCUCAAGAAGAGGCGGCAGAGUCAGGCAAGCCUUGGAAACGUUUAAUCGAAGACUAGUUAAUAAUGCCGUGAAAUUCAGAAUUAUUUGCGACUUUUCAAAAUUUUAUUAUUUUUUCGGUCGGCUAUUUUGAAUGGAAUAACUUUGAACACACCAUAAGUGUUUGAUAUUCCCCCAGAUUCAAAAAUUAUUCGUUUUUUUUUUUUGGUUUUUGGAGCCUUUUGAAGUGCGAAAGGUUUUAAAAGAGUUUCUAACAAAAUUUUCGGUACUUUGUAAGCCGUGCCCUAACUAGUAAAUAUAACUGCCAAGUCUGGCGCGAGGAAAAUUCGAGAUUGCUUGCGGUUAAUUGUCGCUCUGUCCUCGCGCGGAUCUCGCAUUUCUCUCUUCCUUUUCCCACAAGUUGAAAAAAUAAAUUUCAAAUUUUUCAAAAUGCAAAGUCGCGCCGAAAAAAGAAUGCGAAAUGUGUAGAAAAACGCGAGACCUGCACCAAAACAGAUUUUGAUGUAGGAGGUCAAGUAGCUGAAGCUUAAUUAGAGAUAAAAUCCGGAACAGGUGUAGAUGAUCAUCAGGUGACAAGAGAACUUAUUUCAGGGCGGCGAACCAGUUGACAUCGAGAUCGACAAUGAGAACCAGGCGACGAUACAUGCCGUCAAAACCGAAGCACAUCUGCACAUUCCGAUGAACUCGGGCAACGUCAUCAAGAUCCCUCUGGCGGCCAUCCAAGAGCCCUCCCAUUCCAUCAACUUGACCAAGGAGGUCGGAGUGCGAAAAAAAAGUUCUCGACAAAAGAUAUUUUUUGAGGAAAUGAGCCAAGAAUAUCUUUUUUUCGGAGAAGCAAAAAAGAUUUCUAACACCUUUACUUAUUUAUCAAGUUAUAUAAAAAUCAAAAAAAAGCCAGAAGUUCGACACUUAUCAUUACGGAGAAGAUUAAACAAGGCAAAUUCAAUGAGCCUUUUGUCAUUUUUUUUUUCUUUUUUUUUUCAAAAUACCUUAAAUGUAUCUAAAGUUCCGCUUUUUACAAAUAUUUUCUCUAGAAGCGCCUCUUUACUUCCUUAAAAGAGUAGGUUCUAAUAUAUUGCCAAAAAAAGGUCUUUUAAACUUUUUCCGUGUGGAUCGCUCAAAUGCGAGAAAAGGAAAACUGGUUCGUUUGGACUUUUUUUUAAAUUGAAGUUUCUGUUUUAAGGCCUCAAAAUCGAAGUAUACAUUUGAAAAUAAUAAUUUUCUCCAUUUACAAAAUUUCAGGUUAACAACAGCGGCAUGUGGAAGCACAUCAGUUCGACGGACUCGAAAAACUCGCUCAACAAGGAUUUGCCUCACGAGUUUGUUCAUUAUCCUGCUUUCCAUUACUCAUUAUCAUAUUCAAGUCACCAUCAUCAUUCCAACCGUCCCGAUGCUCCCAUUGAACAGCCUGAAGACGAUGAUGACGCUAUUAUGAUAAAAGUUUGUCAUUUUUGAAGAAACUAAUGAAAGAGUCUGACCGAAAAAUAGUGGAAGCUGUUUCCUUGAAGGAGCAUAGAAAUAUUUCACAAAAUUUCAGGCCGGCUGUGUUUUUUGUUUGGUCGUGCAAAAGUUUUACGCCCUAAGACUUUACUUGUACCAUAAAUAAAUGAUACGAGUUUCUGUCCUUUUUUCAGUCUCCAAUCAAAAUUGAAGGCACUUAAUUGAAUUUUAAGACAAUUUUUCCAACCGACCGCACUUUCCAGGUGAUCCGCCCAUCGCCCAACUCCUCGGCGGUGAACCUGAACGAAAAUACGCCGCUGCUCAAGGACACCAAGGCGCCUUCCUCAGAUAAUUCUCCAGUUUAG